AUGAGGAGUUGUAUAGAUUUGGUUAGAGUGCUACGCGAAAGAAAAGCUAUCCCUGUCAAGUAUCCUUUGAAAGAAAUGAUUGUUGUCAAUCGUGAAAGCCAAUUCUUGGAGGAUCUCAAGAGUCUUGAGCACUACAUUCUGUCAGAAGUUAACGUCCGUAUGCUGACAGUAUCUCAAGAUAAGCAUAAAUAUGGCAUAACGUUGAAGGCCGAUCCUAACUUCCGACUGCUUGGUGCGCGCCUUAAAGGAGAUCAAAAGAAGGUCGUAGAUUAUCUGAAAACCAAAGUUACUGAAGCAGAACUGGAACAAUUCCUUGCUGAAGGAAAGUUGACGGUGCUUGGCCAUGAGCUCACUUCUGAAGAAGUGUACGUAAGUUACACAAGUGGACAGACCGGCACCAAUAAUGAGGGAUAUGAAACUCACUCGGACGGAAAGGUGGGUUUGCUAAAACUAUUAUAA